GGAGAACUAGAGCAACGGCUGCGAACCGGGGGCGGCUAGCGCAGAGAUCAAGGGAGAAGCCUCGCGCGUGGGUAGAAUGAGUAGGAUCAACUGAACUACGCACUUUAAUACCAGCCUACAUUGUAUCCCAGAAACGGCGUUUACUUAUUUUUGGGUGUUCAGUAGAGUCGGGUUUGUUAGUUGGACGUUUAGACGACUAAACGCACUUGGUCCCGUGACUUCAGCAGCGAUUAUUGUGGAGUUGUUUCUAACAUUUAAAUUAUCUCAGCCUCGAGUGGCGGGGUUAAGGGGGCCGGGAGAGAGGGAGGUGAAGGUGGGGCAGAGUGAGACGAGCGCUCACUACUGUCCGCCCGGUACAACCGACCACCAACCGAUAUUUUGGCUAAACCCGACAGGAAUCAAACAUUGUAUGUUUAUCGGAAUUGGGAGAGUGAUAACAACGGCUGUCAUCUUUUCCUACACCGCUCAUUCCAGGCACUCUGAAGUAUCUGCGCUGUUGGGCGCCGUAACCCUCUACAGUUUACCGUUUGGUCGUAUUUUUUGGAGGGGAGUGUAAAUUCCCCGGUCUUGUUGGACCAUGGCCGACGACGAUGUGCUCUUUGAAGAUGUUUACGAGCUGUGCGAGGUCAUUGGCAAGGGGCCGUUUAGUGUGGUACGACGAUGCAUCAACAGGGAUACGGGCCAGCAGUUUGCUGUGAAGAUUGUGGAUGUGGCCAAAUUCACCUCCAGUCCCGGCCUCAGCACAGAAGAUCUGAAAAGGGAAGCGAGCAUCUGUCACAUGCUGAAACAUCCACACAUAGUGGAGCUUCUGGAAACCUAUAGCUCUGAUGGGAUGCUCUACAUGGUUUUUGAAUUUAUGGAUGGAGCAGAUCUCUGCUUUGAGAUUGUGAAGAGAGCAGACGCUGGGUUUGUUUACAGCGAGGCUGUCGCCAGUCACUACAUGAGACAGAUCCUAGAGGCGUUACGGUACUGCCAUGACAACAACGUCAUUCACAGAGAUGUAAAGCCUCAUUGUGUGUUGCUGGCAUCAAAGGAGAACUCGGCACCAGUGAAAUUGGGUGGCUUUGGUGUGGCUAUACAGCUAGGAGAGUCUGGACUCGUGGCUGGAGGCCGGGUGGGCACUCCGCACUUCAUGGCACCUGAAGUGGUGAAAAGAGAACCUUACGGGAAACCUGUGGAUGUGUGGGGCUGUGGAGUCAUCCUCUUCAUCCUGCUCAGUGGCUGCCUGCCUUUCUACGGAACCAAAGAGCGCCUGUUUGAAGCAAUCAUAAAAGGAAGAUACAAGUUGAAUCCCAGACAGUGGGGCCAUAUCUCAGAGAGUGCCAAAGAUCUGGUGCGCCGUAUGCUGAUGCUGGACCCAGCAGAGAGGAUCACAGUGUACGAAGCUCUCAACCACCCCUGGCUCAAGGAGAGAGACCGCUAUGCUUACAAGAUCCAUCUUCCUGAUACAGUUGAGCAGCUGAGAAAGUUCAAUGCCAGAAGGAAGCUAAAAGGUGCGGUGCUCGCUGCAGUCUCUAGUCACAAGUUCAACUCUUUCUAUGGCGACCCACCUGAAGAACUACCUGACUUCUCAGAAGACCCCACAUCAUCAGGACUGCUUGCUGCAGAAAGGGCUGUGUCACAGGUGCUGGACAGUUUGGAGGAGAUCCAUGCACUGACGGACUGCAGUGAGAAAGACCUGGAUUUUUUACACAGUGUCUUCCAGGACCAUGAUCUCCACACGCUGCUAGAUCUGUAUGACAAGAUAAACACUAAGUCCUCACCGCAAAUCCGAAAUGCACCAAGUGAUGCAGUUCAAAGAGCCAAAGAGACUUCCACUGAAGACGAGUCGAGCACAGCUUUGAAACAUCUGGAAUAUGUAUUGGAGGAAAUUUCGUGCUACCCUAAAAACACAGACGCUAAAGAACUGAGAAGGAUCCUAACCCAGCCACAUUUCAUGGCCUUACUUCAAACUCAUGAUGUUGUGGCACAUGAGGUGUACAGUGAUGAGGCACUGAGGGUCACACCUCCUCCCACAUCACCAUACCUCAACGGAGACUCACCUGAGAGCACUAACGGAGACAUGGAUCUAGAGAAUGUCACACGAGUGCGCCUUGUUCAGUUCCAAAAGAAUACGGAUGAACCCAUGGGCAUCACAUUGAAAAUGGAUGACCUGAACCACUGCAUCGUUGCAAGAAUAAUGCAUGGAGGAAUGAUCCACAGACAAGGAACUUUGCAUGUUGGAGAUGAGAUCCGGGAGAUCAACGGUAUAAGUGUAGCAAAUCAAACGGUGGAGCAGCUGCAGAAGAUGCUUCGGGAAAUGAGAGGAAGCAUCACCUUUAAGAUUGUGCCAAGCUACCGCGCACAACAAUCAUCCUGUGAGAAAGAAUCCCCCAACACCUCCAGACAGUCCCCUGCUAAUGGUCAUUCCAGCAUUAACAGUUCUAUCUUGGAUUUGCCGGCAACCAUCCAGCCAAAAGGACGUCAGAUCUCCAGGCCUCCAAUCAAGGAUACGUUUUCCAUUAAGAUCUACGUGAGGGCACAGUUCGAAUAUAACCCGGUGAAGGAUGACCUCAUUCCAUGUAAAGAGGCAGGAAUUUGCUUCAGAGUGGGUGACAUAAUCCAGAUUAUCAACAAAGAUGACCAUAACUGGUGGCAAGGCAAACUGGAAAACACCAAGAAUGGAACGGCAGGGCUGAUUCCCUCUCCGGAACUCCAGGAGUGGCGGGUGGCAUGUAUAGCCAUGGAGAAAACCAAGCAGGAACAGCAGGCAAGCUGUACUUGGUUUGGCAAGAAAAAAAAGCAGUACAAAGACAAGUACCUAGCAAAACACAAUGCAGUGUUCGAUCAACUAGAUCUCGUCACAUAUGAGGAAGUAGUGAAGUUGCCGGCGUUCAAGAGGAAAACAUUAGUGUUACUAGGUGCCCAUGGCGUUGGCAGAAGGCACAUCAAGAACACACUCAUCACCAAACACCCAGAAAGAUUUGCUUACCCCAUUCCACAUACGACCAGACCCCCAAAGAAAGAUGAAGAGAACGGCAAGAAUUAUUUCUUUGUAUCUCAUGACCAAAUGAUGCAGGACAUCUCUAACAACGAUUACCUGGAGUACGGCAGCCACGAGGACGCAAUGUACGGCACACGCUUGGAGACGAUACGCAAGAUCCAUGAGCAGGGACUCGUAACCAUAUUGGACGUAGAGCCACAGGCACUGAAGGUGUUGCGGACAUCUGAAUUUGCUCCCUAUGUGGUUUUCAUUGCUGCGCCAAACAUCACCCCUGGCAUGAAUGAGGAUGAGUCAUUACAGAGGCUGCAGAAGGAGUCCGAAAUCCUUCAGAAAACAUAUGCACACUAUUUUGACCAAACCAUCAUCAAUAAUGAAAUUGAUGAGACUAUUCGGCUCCUGGAGGAGGCUAUAGACCUGGUUUGCACCACCUCCCAGUGGGUGCCUGUGUCCUGGGUCUAUUAAAACAGCAGUUCCAAGUAUGGCCAUCAAGCCUAUAACCAUAUGCCCCUCCCAACCUCAAACUUUGAAUGCAUCUCCACAAAAACUUCAAAUCUUUCCCUUGAUAAAAAUAGAAGGGAACCCCAUCUCUGACGUUCAACUACAUGGAUGUGCAAGCCCUGCAGUGAGCCCAGCCUUGGCCCCUCACAGACUACCUAGAUGUAGUGUUGUAUCAAUAAAAAGAUCAAUAAAAUGGAUUACUAAAUAUUGUCAUGUCUAUAUAGCUAGAAGGCAACAUUUUGUAGACAUUUGUUUUAAAGAGACAGUAUCCUCCAUGCCAUAGUGUCUUGAAUGUUUUUAUUAUUCUAAAAUUAUUUUUCUUUCUUCUGUUGGUAUUGGAGCAAAAGUGCAGUAUUACUGUGGUGGAACCCUCAUCACUUUUAUCUGUUCAACCGGCCAUCAUACAUAAUCCCCACAUUAUCCAUGCACCGGCCCCAGCAGCUUUAUAGAGUUCAACCCACCGAGUUACUAGUUACUUAGCUUUCAUUUAAAACUUUUUUUGUUUUCCCCAAUUUAUCCUUCUUUACACAUGGAUACUGUCUCUCUAAGGACCUGCAUAAAUGUUUUAUAGAUUUGAAUGAAAUUUCAUGCAUGUGAAUAUUCACAAGCUUCCAUGCUGUCAGUGUUAUCUGUGUUCAGACUGUCAUCCACAACCGAAAACAUUCCAUUCGUCUGAACAAACACAUUCAAACAAGUGGAGCCAGUGACAAAAAAGAAAUCUAUGAUGAAAAGACCUAUGCACAUCCUUUGAAUUUUGGCAACUUUGUAAACAAAUUUAUUUUUACCAAUCAUGUAGUAACGUGUUUGUAAAUGGUCAAAAUUUUUAUUUGUUGUAAAAUUAAGGGGUAUGGAUGAAAAUGAAUACAAAAAAACUUCCAUUUCUGAAAUGUGUCAUUUGAGAGCUUUAAUGUUUUGAUUGAGCUGAAUCAUAUCAAAAUCUUUUUUAGUCUGUGCAGUUGUUUGAGAAAGAGGUGCGUGCGCCCAUGAACUGCGUGGCAUAAGACGACUCAGUCUGUUCAUCUGAAUCAUUCUGUUAAUGCAAACUGUUCACUCAAACUGCCCUGUAUGAAUUCCUCUGCCGAUGACAGAGCAACUCUUCAGUAUGAGCGUGUUUUUAAAAAAAUAUAUAUUUCAUUUUAUGUGGUGAAGAACUCUGUGUCCUCUGCUCUGGGUUGUGUCAUCCUGCUCUUUUGCUUGGCAUCUCUGUGUGAGUUGGCAAAGACAUGGGUGAAUGGAAACUUUUCACUUGUCUAUCACCAUUUUGUUUUUCUGAAUUUUUCCCAGCAGCUGUGAUAGGUCACGCUUGCCUGCCCGCCCGACUUUGCAUGAUUGCAGUUGGGAUCAAUGCCCA